UUUUAAAUCAGAAUUUGCCAUACAAAUCGAAUCAAAAACGUAUUAAAACGUAUUAAAGCUUAAACACUGUGGUCAUUCACAGCCCUGGUGAGGAGGUGAGGCUGGGAGUCGCCCCUGCGGGCGGUGCAGGUCUAAUUUUGGAGCAGAGUUAAAAGUUAAAAGUCCGGCGCGGUGAGGAGGCCGCGGCUCCGAGCGGGUCAGACACACACAGCGGGAAACUGGGCUUAAACUGAUCCGGACCUCAGCUCGGAGUGACCCGGGCGGCGAUGUGAUGAGAGGAGGCUCUGAAGGAGCAGUAAUGGCUGGGCCCAGGCCGGUGGUGCUGAGUGGUCCCUCGGGUGCGGGGAAGAGCACGCUGCUCAAGAUGCUGAUGAAGGAGUUUGAAGGAGUCUUCGGCUUCAGCGUCUCACAUACGACGCGGAAGCCUCGUCCAGGAGAGGUGAACGGAAAAGAUUAUCAUUACGUCAGCAGGGAGGUGAUGCAGGCGGGAAUCAGUAACGGGGAGUUCAUCGAACACGCCGAGUUCUCAGGGAACCUGUACGGAACCAGUAAGGCCGCGGUGCAGGAGGUCCAGGCCAGGAACCUCAUCUGUAUUUUGGACAUUGAAAUGCAGGGAGUGAAGAGCAUAAAGAAGACGGACCUCAACCCCAUCUACAUCUCCAUCCAGCCCCCCUCCAUGGACAUCCUGGAAAAAAGGUUGAGGGACAGAAAAACGGAGUCUGAGGAGAGUCUACAGAAACGUUUACAUGCAGCGAGCGUGGAUCUGGAGAUCAGUAAAGAGCCUGGUCUGUUUGAUGUCGUCAUCGUCAACGAUAGCCUGGACGACGCGUACAUUGAGCUGAAAGGGGCUCUAAUUGAGGAAAUCCAGACUGUCCAAGGUUCCACCAAGGCCUAAACUACUCCCAGCCUGACGGACACGGGCGUUCCAACUCCGUCAGCGUUUUCCAGGCUUUUCCAGAACAUUCCUCCAGCCCCGACACACCCCCGCCCCCAACACCCACACACCUGCUCACACGCCCUCCUUUCUGCUGCAGCUGAACGAUCCGCUUCAUUGAAGCUGAACGAUCAGUUUACAGGUACAUUCACACAGUAAUACAGGAGCUUCAGACAGAAGAACCACAGUCGUCACCCUGAUCACGUUCUUUAACCACCUCGAGGGACCCUGAAGCUCCGAAGUCCAGAAACUACAGCACACGAACUGUGUAUUUAUACGCUUAGUCGGAUGUAAACAAAGCAGAGCUUCCUUUAUGUAUCACGCAGCGGGCUGGCGUUCCAUAUUCCACUCUAACUGACGCUGAACACCGAGACCAUGUUUGCUGUUUUCCUUGGUUUUGUUUUUUAUCACUCGCGAGUGAUUUUUCUUAUUGUUUUACGAUGAGGGGAGGUUUUUUCAUCUUUUAUAUUUUUUGCUUUGUAUUCUUUUAUUCUGCUGGAACGGACAGCGCACUGACCAAACAGCGACUCCACACGUAUAAACCAACAUGCUCUCAUGGUAUCUCAUUCACUCAGUGCCUAGAGAGCUGUCUGUCCCCGUGUGCUACUGUCCAGGCAGUUAAAGCUGAACUUAGAAGUGCUCUGAAUAGAGAGUGAUUCCACCAAAUUUCACAACAUCACCGCCUAGCGCAGGCUAGCUAAGAUGUUAGUUAGCUGUCUGACCAUUUAAAACUGAGGCAGCAAGGCGAGCUAGCAUGCUAAUAUAUUCUUGAUCUACAUCAACCUGGACAAAUAAAACGACAUCUGUACGCUUUCAUAUAAGCCAUAAUUCGGUUUAAAUGGCUUAAAUUUUAAGAUGCGUCUGGAAUAAAAUGUUUGAAGGAAGCUCGUCCCGUUGUACUCUGGAUCUGGCCUGUUGGUUAACGAUCUUAAAACUUGGCAAAAAUAAAAUGGGGAACAUAUUUAAGUAUCCAAGCAUAUUUAGUUCGUAGGGGGCUCGCUGGGUAUUGAGACACAGCCGCAGACAGCUAUUUAUUAUAUCCAGUUACAGCUAUUUAUUGUAAGCCUUGUGUCCAGACAUUCUGGAAUAUUCCUACAUGUUGUUUUGUUUGGUCUUCGCUCUCUGAAGCGUAGCGCUGAGCUUCAGGAACAGGUUUAUAACAUUUAGUUACGUAGUUUAUUGAACACGUUGUUGAUCGUUUGAUCAGUGCUGACUCCCAGAUCUCCAGCAUGGAGGUCACACGUUUUAAUCGAGGGUCCAAUUCCUAACGUACAAAACUUAAUGAGUGUUCAGGUUAUGAUGUCAGUCCACUCGCUGGCCACUUUAUCUGAAACACCUGCCUGAUAGUGCCGCUACACAGUUAACUGAAUAUCCAGCCAAGAGCGGCUCUGUGGACAGAAACUGACCACUGAUGAAGGAAGGUGGAGCUGCAGGGGAGGUGUUUCUGAUAAAGUGGCCAGGCGUACGCCACCUUUUCUGAUGAGUUUUUGGUUGUGCAGGACACUGUGACUGAAUUAAUAGGCUUCAAUAAAAGACGUUGUUGACGUGGUAACAUGAAAAACAUCACGUUUUAGCAGAAUCAGUGCAUUUUAAUCUGAACUGGUGGAUGGAAGCUGCCAGAAUAAACUCUGCACUGGGAAACAUCUUAACCAGUGAAGCAUCUUAAAUACAGAUACAGACUUAUUAAGCAGUUAUAAACACUACGCUGCUACAGGGAUGGGCUGAAGGGUCAAACUAGGAGAAUUAAAGGACUGAAAUAAAUUAGUGCCAUUAAUAUUUUAUCACAUUGUGACGACGUUAACUUUGACAGCGCUAAUAAAAACCCAUUUAAAGCACUUUUUACAUGGGAUGAGUUUUCCAUGGGGAGGUGGGCUAAAGUGGGUUUACUACAGGACGUCUAAUGUUUGUGACCGGUUUAAACAGGAUGACAAAUAUCGGUAUAAAUGACUGAGCUGGACACUCAGACGGGCCUAAAACCACUGAGGUCAAAUUUACACCCCCCACCUCCUCAUGUAGAACCAAUCCUGUAUGAAUAGGGCUUUAGACUGCAUUCAUACAGUCCUCACUCUCUUAAAUACGGUUCUUUAAGGGUUCUUUAGGAAAGAAAAUGGGUCUAUAUAGAACAAUGCACACUCAAAGAACCCUUUCCAUAGAUUAAAGCGUUCUCUGCA